AUGAUUCAAGAACAUGAAGUCCUGCUUCAAAAUCACCAGUCUAUACUCUCAGACAUUCGAUGCUCAAUAGAAGAAGUGUCUAGGAAAUUAGAAGAAGUAGAAGAAACGGAGAAGAAGGGCAUCAUUGAUUUUGGCUGUGAAGAAGAGGAGAUUAUGAUGCAAAUGGCUAAUUGCGGGAUAUUGAGAGAGAGUGUGGAAGAAGUAGACGAGUGGCAAGUCUACCAGGAAUCAUUGGUUAAGGGGGUAGAUGUUGAUGAGGAAUUAGAUUUAGGAGAUUCCUUAGGUAGUCUGUUUGAUAAUAAGUUAGAAGUUGAGGUAGAGAAAAAAGUGUUAAGUUGGGAAGAUGAGUUUUUAGGGGAGUUAGAAGGUUUAUCAGAAUCUGAACAAGUAGGGGAAUUUGAUCCAUUAGUUGAUUUAGCAAAUUUAGAAGCCCUACUAGAAGGUAAACCCGAGAAAAUAAGUGAACCCACACCGCACGUAGAAAUUAAGUGUGGGGAUCUUCCCAAGGAAGUAGUGGGAAUGGUGGAAGAUGAAGAACACCAUAGCUGGCCCGUGGUACUGAUAACGAAUGCGACUAAAAAAUCGAAACCAUGGGAGAAGGCAAAGAAAAGAAAAAGAAAAGAUGGAAAACGGAAGAGGAUUGAAGGCUGGUACAAGAAGGAGCCGUUGGCGCACGAUCAAUAUUCGCUUUACAUGUCGCGCAUUUGGUUCCUUCCAGGGCGAUGUCCGUCGUAUUGGGAUAUGGGUGAUGCAAACCAUUGUUGUGUUCAUUGUGGAGCUAUGCUUUGGUAUGAGGAACGAACUAUUAAAAGUUUAACUCCUCGUGUUCCAAGUUUUUCAUUAUGUUGUAGUGAAGGAAAGAGAAAACAUAAAGCUUUUAAAUGCGAUGUUGCAUUUACCUCAACCGGUGGGAGAAUAUCUAUGGAUUUAAAUGAUGGUCGUGGGCCUUAUACAUUCCGUUUGAAUGGCCACAACCAUCAUAAUAUUGGAUCAUUGUUGCCUAUGCAUCCUGAUGGACGCCCUAGAUUUGCUCAAUUGUACGUUUAUGACAUGGAAAAUGAGAUUGAUAAUCGCUUUUAUGCUUUGCGAAAUUGUGUGUCACCAACGUCUGAUCAAGUCAUCCUGCGCACAUUAGUGAAUGACUUGCUGUUGAUGCUUAAUGCGAACAAUGCAUUGGUGCAGGCUUUUAGGACGGCACGUGAAAGGUUUAAUGACAACUCAAUGCAACGUCUUACGCUUCGCUUGCUUGGUACGCGAAAUAGAAGAGAAGGACAAUAUUCUUUGUCUACUGUUCCUGAAGUGGCUGCAUUGAUUCCAGGUGACGGAAAUCCUACGGACUCACGUGAUAUUAUUAUUGAAGAACGUGGUAGUCGUAGUGCAAAGCGUAUAUCUGAAUUGCACCCAAGUUUUAUGGCGUUGCAGUAUCCUUUGUUGUUUCCAUAUGGAGAAGAUGGAUUCCAUCUUAAUAUUCCUCUAUGUAAUAUAUCUGUAUCAAGUAGGCGGCAAUCGGUUUCAUUAAGAGAAUAUUAUUCUUACCGUUUACAACUUAGGAGGAAUGAAGGUAAGACAUUACACAAAUCUGGCCGUUUAUUUCAGAUGUAUGUUGUGGACUGUUAUUCAGCUAUCCUUGAACAUGAGAUGAAUUGGUUUAAACAAAACCAAAACACUAUUCGUUCGGAUUUGUAUAAUGGUUUAUAUGAUCGUAUCGCUGAUGGUGAAACAAGUUGUGAAGCAGUUGGUCGACGUGUUAUCCUGCCAGCAACAUUUGCCGGUGGGCCAAGAUAUAUGAUUCAACAGUAUCAGGAUGCAAUGGCUAUUUGUCGUUGGGCCGGGGCUCCGGACCUUUUUAUUACUAUGACAUGCAAUUCAAAAUGGCCGGAAAUUACCCGACACAUUCAAGCAACAACCCCUGGUAUGAGUGCAUCCGACCGCCCGGACAUUGUUGCCCGUGUUUUCAAAAUUAAACUUGAUGAACUUAUCAAAGACAUAAGGAAAAGGAAUAUUUUUGGACACACGAAAGCAGUUAUCUAUACAAUCGAGUUUCAGAAACGAGGACUUCCACACUCUCAUAUUCUGCUUUUUUUACAACCUAAAGAUAAGAUUAAUACGGUUGACAAUAUCGAUAAAUAUAUAUCUGCUGAGCUUCCUUCGGAGGUGGAAGACCCUAUAGCUUUCGGUAUUGUUCGUACGCAAAUGAUGCAUGGUCCAUGUGGUUUGCUCAACCCUUCAAGUCCUUGUAUGCAUAAUGGUGUAUGUAGUAAAGGGUACCCAAAGAAUUAUUGUGAGGAGACAUUCAUCCGAAAUGAAGGUUGGCCGUGUUAUAAGAGGCCCAAUAAUUCAAGAGUUGUUAAAGUUGGUUCUCAAGAUAUUAAGCUUGAUAAUCGGUAUGUUGUUCUGUAUAACCGUGAAUUGUUGGUGAAAUAUGGUUGUCACAUUAAUGUUGAGUGGUGCAACCAAGGGAUGUUAGUCAAGUAUCUUUUUACUUAUAUAAACAAAGGUCCAGAUCGUGCAACUGUGGUUUUGGAAGGUGCUCAAAAUAGGACAACGUUUGCGUCCUUAUUACAUAAUGAAAAUGAAAUUAAGGAAUAUUUAAAUUGUCGGUAUAUAUCUUCUAUUGAGGCAUGUUGGAAGAUUUUUGAAUUUGAAAUGAAGUACCGUGAUGUUGCUGUUGAGCGGUUACCUUUUCAUGAGGAAGGGUGUAAUAGAGUGUAUUUUCAUGAUAAUGAUGAGGUUGAGGAAGUUCCCCAACGUGCUACGGCUAGCAUGUCAAAAUUUACUGAAUGGAUGCGUGCAAAUGAAAGGUUUCCGCAUGGUCGUUCUUUGACAUAUGUAGACUUUCCAACAAAGUUCACUUGGCAUGAAAAGGAGAAGGAGUGGUUGCCACGACAUAGGACGACUUGUAUUGGCCGCAUUUAUUAUGUGAGCCCAUCGAUGGGUGAAAAGUAUUACCUCCGUAUGUUAUUAAAUGUUCAACGUGGGCCAUUAAGCUUUAAAGACAUUCGUACGGUUGAUGGUGUUGAGCAUCCAACUUAUAUGUCUGCUUGCAAUGCGUUGGGUUUGUUAGGAGAUGAUGUUGAGUGGGUAGAUUCAAUACGUGAAGCUUCUCAAUGGCAGUUGGGGAAUCAACUUCGUGAUUUAUUUGUCUGCAUUCUAUUGUUUUGUACGGUUAGUAAUCAACGGAGGUUAUUUUUUGAUUGUCUACCUUACUUAUCAGAUGAUAUUGCUUACAAUCGACGCACAAUGCUGCAGAAUGAUGAUGUGGUAUUCACAGAUGAAGAGAUUCUCAAUUAUACAUUGAUUGAGAUUGAAAGAGUUUUAAUUGGUCAUGGUAAAAGUUUAUUAGAUUUUCCUAAUUUGCCUCAAAUUGAUCGUCAAUUGGUUGAUACUACGGAAAAUCGGUUGAUUAUGGCUGAGCGCACCUACAAUAUUGAAGAAGAAAUGACGCUUUUUCAUGAUUUAUUUCGUGGAUUGAAUGCUGAACAAAGGGAGGUGUUUGAUUAUGUAUGUGAUUGUGUUGAUAGACGGACGGGUGGUGCUGUUUUUGUUUUUGGUAGUGGAGGGACGGGAAAAACGUAUUUAUGGAAGACUCUCAUUUCCUGUUUUCGUUCACGUGGCCAAAUCGUCUUGUCUGUUGCUUCUUCUGGGAUUGCCUCACUUCUACUACCUGGUGGUCGUACAGCGCAUUCGCGUUUUAAGAUUCCCUUUGAACUUGAUAAGGAUUCUUGCUGCUCGAUUGAUGUUGGGACGGAUCUUGCUGGGCUGAUUAGUGAUGCUGCGCUUAUAAUAUGGGAUGAGGCACCGCUGCAACAUCGUUAUGCAUUUGAAGCGGUUGACCGUACUUUUAGAGAUAUUUGUCGAAAUAAUAUGCCUGGUGCAGACCGUCGAGUAUUUGGAGGGAAAUGUGUCGCUCUUGGAGGAGACUUUCGACAAAUUCUUCCUGUUAUUCCGCUUGCUCCGCGUAGUGAGAUUGUUGCUUCGGUUGUGAAUAAGUCAUCGACUAUAUGGGGUGCGUGUAAGGUGUUUUCUUUAACGAUUAAUAUGCGGUUGAAUAGUUCAAGUGUUAAUGACGAUGUUGUAAUACAACAUCGAGAUUUCAAUAAAUGGAUUUUAGAUAUGGGGUCUGGUCGUCUUCCUGCAAUUUCGCUAGACGGGGAAGAUGAGAGAACUUGGAUUAAUAUACCUCGUGAUCUAUUGAUUCCUGUUUCAGAUAAUCCUAUUGAAUCAGUUGUUUCAGAUACAUUUCCUAAUAUAGAAGAACGAUUCACUGAUGUUUCUUACCUACAGGAGCGCUGUAUUUUAUCAUCGACUAACAAUGAGGUUGAUACGAUUAAUCUACAUGUUCUUGAUAAGUUGCCAGGUGACAAUCAUGAGUUAUUUAGUCUCGAUUCCAUUUGUGCAAGUACAAAUAAUAUUGAAGAAAUGCAGGCUAUGUAUCCUACGGAGUUUCUUAAUACUUUACAGUUUUCUGGCUUACCGAAUCACAUAUUAAAGUUAAAGGUUGGGGCACCAAUCAUAUUGCUACGUAACUUGAAUCUCAAGAAAGGAUUGUGUAAUGGGACCCGUUUAGUGGUUACUCAAAUAAGUCGUCGUGUUAUUGAGGGCGUUAUUAUUACGGGUACGCAUGUUGGAGAAAGAGCUUUUAUUUCUAGAAUCGAUAUGACUCCAACUUCUACAUGUUGGCCUUUCCACUUUAAGAGAAGACAGUUUCCCGUGAAACUAUGUUUUGCUAUGACAAUUAAUAAAAGUCAGGGCCAAACAUUUAAACAUGUUUGUGGUUACUUGGUAAAGCCUGUUUUUUCACAUGGUCAACUUUAUGUGAUUGCCUCCCGUGUUACAUCUCGAGCUGGUCUACGAUUUUAUGUUGAUAAUGAUGGUUCUCAUAAUAUAGAAUGGGACAUCGAUGUUGUGGGUGUUCUUCGUGUGUGGGGUUAUCUUGAUACUGAUUUGCAGUCUUCACAAUCAAAUAAUCGGGAAGUACGACGAAUUGUUUUAUCCGAUGAAGUUAGUAAUAAUCUCAAUGCUUCUUUAUGGGGCCAACUUGCACUUAAGUAUACUGAUGAGGACAUGAGGCGCCAUGCCACUAAUGCAGUUGUUGUUGUAUUAACAUCUUGCAAGGUUCGAUUGUUUGAAGGUGCUCCUUGUGUGAUGUCAACAGUUGCAUCUCAAUUAUAUAUUAACUUGUCAUCACCAGUUUGUGAUGUCUUCAAGACAAUGUUACCGGUGCCUGUUUUAUUUAAAGCUAACACACCACAAAAUGAAGACUCGCAAGUUGUUAGUAUUGCUGAUGUUUAUCGAUCUAUUCAGGCAGGAGUUUAUAAGGGGACAUUUUAUAUCAUCUUUGGUACUAUAGUUGAUGUUGAUUUGUUUAAUGAUUGGAAUUUCAAGUUGGUUGUCCGCGUGGUUGAUAAUGAUGUUGAGAUGACGUGCGUUCUUUUUGAUGAUGUUGUGAUUGCACUUAUUGGGAUUACUGCGGAGGAGUUGCUUUCUAAAAGUUUGUCUGAGUUCAUUAAGGAUUAUAUCGAAUCGCACUCGAAUAACAUUAGUUUAUCUACGGUUAGUACUUGCACGGAUGAUAUAGAUCAUGUUUUUGAAGACAAUGAAGAUGAAUGCAUAGAGUUUUUUUCAAGAGUCUCAACUGAAGAAAUGGAUAUGGCUGAUGAAUUGUUAUGGGGUCCAAUCAUUUCAUCAGUCUCGUCUAAUGAAACACCAUUGGUACAGUCGUUUGAUUAUGAAGCGGAUAAUGGUUCUAUCAUUAAUACAAGAAAGUCGAAUACUAGGGAUGUUACAACUGCUACCACAUCUGUUGUUGAGUGUUCUAAUGAGUGUGAUCAACAAGUGAGGCCUAAACGAGCAAGACGAAAGCCAAAGAAAUAUACUGAUUAG